AUGUCAAGGAUUUACGAAAAUUGGGAUAGGCUAGUGGGAGCUACCCUGUGCCGGGAGGAACUCCGGCGCUUAAGUCUGAUGACUCCCACUCCCAGUGAGCUCUCCUCUGUGUCAUCAUCAUUCAGUUUCCCCGCUAGAGGUUUAUCAUUUGAUUUCUCUGAGUUAUUGGUUGGAAAUUCGUUUACAUACGACCAAAUCCUUCAGGCCACAGAUUCUUUGAGUCAUUCCAAUCUAAUAAAAAAGGGUCAUUCGGGUGAUCUUUAUAUUGGUGUUUUCGAAGAUGGAAGUAGAGCAGUAAUCAAGAGAAUUGAUCUGUCAUCGCAAGUGAACAGAGAACUGCACCUCCGUUUCAUAUCAGAGCUUGAGUUUAUGCGCAAAGCAUCGCAUUCUAGAUUGGUCCCUUUGAUGGGGCAUUGCUUGGAGAAUGUGAAUGUUAAGUUUCUGGUUUACAAGUACAUGCCUAAUAAGGACUUGUCCAGUUACCUGUCUACCAAAAUCGUUCUGGACACUGUUGCAGAACGCCUCCAAUUCUCGUCUUUAGAUUGGAUGACAAGGUUAAAAAUUGCUAUAGGAGCAGCAGAAGGUCUAUGUUACUUGCAUCAUGAGUGCAUCCCGCCAAUUGUUCAUAGAGAUUUUGAAGCUAGUAGCAUUCUCCUGGAUGAAAACUUCGAAGUAAGGAUCGGAAGCCUUAGUGAGGUUUACAAUGCUGUAGAAAUGUUUCCGAAGAAAACAGGAUUGCGAAAUUCCUUCGGCUGUCCAAGACGAGGCACUAAAGGUAAAGCAAAUGCUACAUGUGCCCAUGACGUUUCCUGCUUCGGCAAGGUUUUGCUACAGCUGGUCACUGGCAGACUCCUCCGACCGAGUGCCGCUCCCGGUGAUUCCCCGGAGAAUCCAGUUUCUCCGGUGAGUUCAACCAACCAUUGGAAGGAUUUACGGCUCCAAAUCUACGAUAAGGAUCUGGUUCGCAGCAUUUUAGACCCACCUUUAACAAUGGAAGAAGAUCGUUUUCUGGAAGUUUGGGCUAUGGCUAUUGUGGCCCUUGCCUGCCUUCAUCCCAAGCCUUCUAGAAGGCCCCAAAUGGCCCAGGUUCUAAAGUCCUUAAAGAAUCGAAAAAUUUCCCAGAGUUCUUAUUAUGAAAUGGCAAGAACUAUAGAAGAGAUCGCAAACUGCUUCUUCUCUACAUUGUAA